CCUCUUCCUGGUUACCCUUACAAACCACAAACGGUCAAUUUGUUGAUUAGUUAAGGAACAAGUUUUCUGCUGCUGUGAAAUCGACAUGAGAAAUACAAUAUUCCAUCGGUUUAAGUAGAGUAGCUGGUUUGCUUGUUGGGGAAACCGCUUUACUAUGUUCUGUAAAGGAUCCUCAGCUCUGUGAAGUGGGGGCAGCUCCAGUGCAGUGGAAGAAGCAGGGAGCAUUGGUCCGGGGAGAUGGAGGAGUUCCGGCAGACGUAUUUGCGCUUGUGUAAAGAUGCGGGUUUGGAGCCUCAGGAGUCGGUUCUGACCCAGCUGCAGGACGUGCGGCGGACUGCGGGAAGCGCUAGACUGGACCUGGCGGGGCACAGCCUCUCUGUGGACACGUGCGCCGUGCUGGGCAAGGUGCUGCACAAGGACACGCUUUUCACAGAGGUGGUGCUCAGCGACUGCAUGCUCAGCGAGGAAGGUGCCAAACUACUGCUGAAUGGGCUGUGUUCCAACACAACUGUUAAAGUGCUGGAUCUGAAGGGUAACAACUUGAGAGGAUCAGGAGCUGAAACUCUGGGGAAACUGUUAGUCCGCAACAAGACAUUGCGAAGACUGAUCCUGGAAUGGAAUGCCCUGGGGGUGUGGGAUGAGGCCUUUGCCAUUUUCUGUGAAGGUCUGGGCUCCAAUGGCUGCCUCACACAGCUUGACCUGCGCAAUAACCAGAUCAGCCACCAAGGGGCAGCAGAACUCUCUCUUGCUCUGAAACGAAACAGCAUUCUCCAGGAACUUGAUCUGAGAUGGAACAACAUCGGGCUUCUGGGCGGCCGCUCCAUGCUGGAGGCCCUGCAGCAGAAUCGUACCGUGGUGCAGCUGCAGAUGGCGGGGAACAACAUCCCCAGUGACACCCUCAAGGCCCUUGAGCAGUCCAUGGGGCACAACUCGGACCGCCAGUCCACCCUGAGGGAGAGCCGCAGCAGAACCCAGGUGCUCACCAAGGAGAUCCAGAACUUGAAGAAUGAGAAAGGCCGUCAGUUUUUAACUCUAAUGGACACCAUUGACAAACAAAGGGAUGAAAUGGAGCGGGUUGGCAGGACUUCCUCUGUGCGUGCUGGGCAGCUUCACGAAGCUCUGAGUGAGAGGAAGUCAGCAGUGAAUUCCAUCACUGCCAAGCUGCAGAUGACCGAGGCUGCUUUGGCGCUGUCGGAGCAGAAGGUCCACAACCUCGGCGAGCUCCUGACCAGGAUGAAGGGGGAUAAAGCCGAGCAGCAGGACCGCCAUUCACGAGAAAUGAUGAAGCUGCAGGAGGACAGUGUGCUGAGGGAAGGCAAGCUCCUCAGGGAAGUGCACACCGUGACCGAGAAGAACCUGCAGCUGAAGAGCAAGGUUGAAGAGAUGGAGCGCCGGUGCAAGGCUCAGCAGGAUCAGAUCUUUGAGCUGAAGCAGGAGCUGGCCAACACCACAGCUGAGCUGAAACUGCGGCUGGCUCAGGCAGAGGAGCGUUUGGAGAUGGAGAAAACGAGAUCCAAACAUGCUCUGGUUGACUUGGACACGUUGCGCCAAAAGGAGGUGGAUCAUAUGAACCGUCACCUGGAGGAGAGCGAGAGAUCGCUGCAGGACCGUAUUCUCAAACUGGAGGGGCAGCGCAUUCAGCUGGAAGAGGAGCUGAGCCGGGCGAAGGCCGCCUGCGUGACGGAGCGAGCGCAGGCCGAGGAGGAGCUGGGGAAGGUGCGGGCGCAGGUGCGCCUGGAGGAGCAGCAGCGCCUGAGCGGCCUGGAGGAAAAGCUGCGGGCCCUGCGCCAGUCCCGGGACGAGUCCCAGGCGCACUGCGCCCAGCAGAAGCAGGCCGUCGCCGAGCUGCAGGCCAAGAACAGCCAGCAGGGCCUGGAGAUGGAGGGGCUGAGGCGCAGGAUCGACGAGCUGCAGCAGGAGCUCAGCGGGAAGGAGCAGGAGAAGGUGGCGGAGGUGAGCAGGGUGCGAGUGGAGCUCCAGGAGCAGAUCGGACAUCUGCAGGCAGAGAGGACGGCCCAGGGUGGGCUGAAGGAGAAGAUCGCAGCGCUGGAGAGGGAGAUGAAAGUGUUGGGCAGUAACCAUCGGGAGGCCAUUUUGGACAAGGAGAGCGAGAUCUCCUCCCUGUUUGAGAAGCUGCGUCUGCGGGAGGCUGAGAUCCAGCGCAUGCGUGAGGACGAGGCUCAGAGGGCCAGCUUCCUGCAGAACGCCAUCCUCACCUACGUUGGGGGGUCGCCUCUGGGCCACUACAGCCCCAAGAAAUGAGGUGGCCCGCGUAUGCCCACCAUCUGCUCACCAGGCCAAAAAACCUCCAAUCUCAGAGCAGCCUCCCACAGAACAAAGUAAUCAGGCCUAUGGACAAUAAAGCACUUAGCGGAGAAAACAACUAUAUUCUGAAAAUAACUGUAUACUUCAACGGAAAAGAUCUGUUGAUGCCUAUCUCACAUGUGUGAUCACAUGUAUUUUUCCAUAUGAAAUUACCCGCAGUUAUUUUUUUAUUUUGUUAUUUAUUUUUGUCCACAAAGGUGCUAAAUAAUUAUUGGAAUUGUGGUGCAAAGUAACUUUGCUGAAUAAUCUUUCCUUGCAAGUUGAACUUGCAUUUCAGUGAUGACUAAGGAUCAAAAAAAUCCUAAUAUGCAGUGAUUUCUGCUGAUUUCAGUAUCAUUUUUUUACAUUCACUUAUAUAUUUUGUGCAUGCUAUUGGUCAAACUGUGAAAGUACUUCCCAGUUUUGCAGGUAUAGCACUGCUAAACUGUCAUUUUUUAUUUAAGUAAUCACUCGCCAAAUCACAACUUUGCAGAUCAGUCUUUUAGAUUAUAUUGUCAUUGCAGUGAUUUUGGGCUGAAACCUUUUACUUUUUAUAUUUUCUAGACUCAUAGUCUUUAUGUGGUCAGCAUGUGCAGCCUUUCUAGCUAUCCUUUCAGCUUUUUAAAUUAGUGCAACUUAUGAAUAGUUACACGUACAAUGUCAAAUAUCUGUUAAAGCAAUAAUUAAAACGGAUUUUAAAUCGGCCCUAUUUCUCCCUUACUAAAACGGAACAAAUUCCAUUGGAAUUCUAGUGAAGUUUUAAGUGUUCCUGUGUGUAUUCUCUUGAACAUUGUAUACAUUAAGCUGAAGUGUGUUUUCUGAAAGUCAAUUUCGGUGUUUUAAAUUCAAAUGAAAUUAACGGGAUCUAUUGUUGUUUGGUAUUUCAAUUGUGUAAUGUUUCCUUUUGCAGUAUUGUUGUAAGGUUCAGUGCUUUUAUACAUAAUAAAGACUACUUGAAUUUGGAAACAA